AUGGGGGUAAUGCUUACGCUGUUGCUUGUUCUUUUGGUUUUAGUCUGGUACCUGUUGAGGUCGAUGUCCUUGUUCUAUCAUCAUGCGCUCGGCUAUGGAUUUAUAAGAAUGCAGAGCCUCGAACUGAAAAAUUGCAGACAAGCAACAAUAUCAGCAAUCAAGGCCUCGGACUGGCCUGGAUCACCGCGGUGCAGUGGCGGACCUGAGCAUCAUCAUGGCCACAAAUCAAGGAGGUCGACAUUGAUGAUCGUCCUUGAAGUCCUCCUGAAACCGCGCAGCAUCUGA